AUGAGCAAGAUGCCUUCUACUAGUUUCCCCAUGAUGCAUCGAACUUCUUCAGGAGGUCAAGUUCCUUCCCCUCGCCAUUCAAGUGUCACUCAUCCUGUCGUGGCUAAACGGAUCAGCUUCUACAAGAGUGGAGACCCCCAAUUCUGUGGCGUGCAGGUGGUGGUCAACCCUCGUUCCUUUAAGACCUUUGAUGCCUUGCUGGAUAACCUGUCUAGGAAGGUGCCCCUGCCCUUUGGAGUGCGGAACAUCAGCACGCCUGGUGGAAGGCACAGCAUCACCAAGCUGGAGGAGCUGGAGGAUGGAGAGGCAUACCUGUGCUCCCACGGUAGGAAGGUGCAGCCAGUUGACCUGGAAAAGGCCCGUCAGCCUCCUCGUCCCUGGCUCAGCAGCAGGUCCAUAAGCACGCAUGCGCACCUGCAGCCAGCAGGCGGCCCCAUGGCUGCCCCAGGCGUGCCCCGCCCCCCACGGAGGCUCGUGGUCUUCCGGAACGGCGACCCAAAGUCGAGGCAUGUGGUCCUUUUGAGCCGGAGGGUGACCCAGAGCUUCGACGCCUUUCUGUACCACCUGACACAGGUCAUGCAGUGCCGGGUGGCCAAGCUGUACUCCACUGAUGGAAGGAAGGUUCCUAAUCUGCAGGCGGUGAUACUGAGCUCUGGAGCUGUGGUCGCAGCAGGAAGGGAGCCAUUUAAACCAGGAAAUUAUGACAUCCAAAAGAACUUGCUUCCUGCUAGAUUACCAGGGAUCUCUCAUCGUGUGCACCGGAAGGGAAACGCUAGGUCAGAAAGCAGAAAGAUGAACACACAUAAGCCUUCAAUCCCAAGACCCCAGAUUUACUCUCUUUCUUCUGAUAAAACACAUGAUUGCUGUUCAGACUGUUCGUUUGCUCCAGACAAUUACUUGGCCUUAGGAAAACAAGAUUCUCAGAAUUUUUCAGCAUAUCCUUCUGAAGAUGGUAUUGAGAAGUCAAUUAUUUUUAAUCAAGAUGGUACUAUGACAGUUGAGAUGAAAGUUCGAGUCAAGAUAAAAGAAGAGGAAACCAUAAAGUGGACAACCACUGUCAAUAGAGCCGGUCUUUCUAAUAAUGAUGAAAAGAGUAAGAUAAGUAGUUAUCCGGGAAUAACAGAUGAGCGAUCGUCUACUUUGGAGCUUGCAGCAUGUUCGUUAUCUGCGGGUGUCACAAGUACUCAGCAAGAGGAUAAUUUUGCAGAGGAAGAAAGCACUCAAGUGACAGAUCGACAGACUGAAACUUGUAGUUCUGCUACUUGGGAGAAUGCUGCUGUGGACACAAACGUCAUUCAGGGAAGUCAGAAAAAAAUGAAGCAUCAUUUUUAUAGGCCUCCAACUCCUGGACCAAGGAGAACAAGACAAAAGAAAUCUGUGACAGGGAGUGUGACCUUAGUAUCUGAAACAGAGGUUCAAGAGAAGCAGUUUUCUUAUAGUGAAGAAAGAGAGAGUAGAGAAAAAUCUGAGUAUCACAUGUUUACACAUUCUUGCAGUAAAAUGUCCUCAGUAUCUAAUCAACUUGUUCAGAUCAAUAACAAUGACCAGAUGGAUGUAUCAAUAGAAAGGAAAAAGGAAAGUGCACUCUUCAAGUCAAAAGCCAUAAAUGCAGGUGUUGUAGAAAGUACAAGCCAGAAGACAUUAAAGAUGUGCCAUAACAAUGCUUUACCAUCAACUGCACCAGAGAACUCAACUGUGGAGGAAGGUAGGAUUGAUAGUAUUAUAUCAGAUAAACUGGGUAUCAAGAACUUCAGAACUCUUGACAACACCAAUGACAGUUUCAGUCCUACUUUAGCAGACACAGCUCACUCCUCAAGUAACAACUCUGGAACUGACAAAAGUAUUUCUGAGGUUUCUUCAGGAGGGUCCUCUACUGUCCUCACAAGAAUGGACAAACUGGUUAAUGAAGUUGCUCGGUGUAGUUUAGCAGAACUUCCAGAAAACGGAAAACAGGUUUUGUCCUCGUUCUCUGGCAAAAAGAAGAAGAAAUCUCAGCAGCAAAUGGCAAAUACCAGGUAUAAGAGAGAGACUGAAACCAAAGGACAUGCUAAUAAAAACGAGAAAAUAAAGAAAGAAGGAAUACUUGCACAGGAGAUGAUUUUGCAAGAUUCUGACAGUUGCCUUAAAGGGGAGCUACUUUAUGAGGAAGACCUUGAUUCAAGUGAUAUGAUAAUUGACUCAUAUCAUUUUUGUUCCAAGAGUAAUCUCUAUCCCCCAGUUUCCAAAAAUCUCCAUAAAAAUAAAUUAAAUACUAUUCAAAUUCCUAAGACCCAAAGACUUUUAGCCAAAAGAAAAUCCAGAGCAGUAAGGAAGGUAAGCUUAGGAGGACCUAGAAGAGGAGGAACUGGUCAAGCUAACAAAGUGUUUCUCCAUAGUGAAUCUAAAUUUUAUAAAAGUACUUUGGAAAAUCAAAGUUUUCUUCAUAUGUUUAACCUUUCUGAGCAAAAACUGAAAGCUUCUUAUGUACCACAGUCUCAAGUAAAAAUAGUAUCUGGAACUUUGAGAGGAACGGCAAAAAAGAGUUUAGUUCCUAAUGUUAGUGACUCACACAUAACUUUAAAAAGCCAGAAAAAACAAAAUGGAGAUAAAUCGAAGGUAGGUGCUACAGUCAGUAAACAGCAUGUUACAACCACGGAAGACUCUUUAGCUUCUUUGAAAAUGGCUGAUUUUCCCAAGGGUGUUCCUCAUCAUUCAAUUCAAAAUUAUGUACAGAGAUGGUUGCAGAAUGUAAAUCCAUAUCCACAUCUAGUGCAUAGGGAGUCAGCUCUGCUACGCAAACAUAAAGGAAAUGUGGAAAAUUAUAACAGUAAUGAUUUUCCAGGAAAUAAUCUCCAUAUAAUCUCUUCGAAAGGAAAGAAUUUUGUCAUGGAAAGUAAUAAGCAGAAAACUAAAAAUGCCAGUUGGGCUGACAAUAAUCUAUGUGGGGAGGUGGGUAAAUCUCUUUUUGCUAAAGAUAAUGGUGAACAACUUAAACAUCUCUGUGAGAGUCAGCAUGAACAUAGUAUUUUGUCACAGACAGUUGUUAGUGAUCAUAAUAGUAAAAGUCAUCUGUCUACUGAAAAGUCAGGCGCCGAAAUGAGCCUUAUUAAUCAAGAAAUAAACCUAGUUCCAAAGGGGGAAAGUGUAACGGCUGCCGUUCAGGUGGACGCCUUGGGAGAGAAUGCUUCGAAAGACCACUUACCGGCCCUGUUGCCUCACCACCUGGAAGUUUUAGUUCCUGACGGCCACAAGAAUCAGACUGGAAUUGCUCAAAUACCAGGUUCCUUUGCAGAUGGCCCUUCUGGAGUAUGUCAUUCAUCUGCUAAUCUCCUUCUAGCCUGGCUUUUGGUGCUGACUCUAAAGGGAAGUAUGAAUAGCUUCUGCCAAGGGGAUUCACACAAGACUGUGAGCAGAUCUUCAGAAACAGUUGCACUUUUCGAGGUUCUAAAGCACAUCCCCAUCACAGAGGAAGCUGAUGACUUAAAGGCUGCUGUUCCCAGUUUAGCAGAAUCAACCAGAAAGUUCAGUGGAUCCAGUGAGAGAGAAGACAUGGCUCCAGUAGAUCUUCCAGAAAAUUGUACCACAGCCGGCAUCCAGAGAGUUCCCAGGUGUGGAGGAAGUGAAAGAACUCAGAAAAUCCUAUUGGACAAAGGCUGCUGGGCCAGGGAGGCCUGUGACCCUGAGCGCUGUGAUUCAGAAGUGAAGAAGCCACGUGACUCUCCAUGUGAGAUGUGCUCUGUGAGUAUGACUUGUCCUCCAGAAGAGGCAUGUGACCCUAGUGAUGCUUUCUUUGCUAGUGAUAGUUGUACUGUGGGCCAGCCCUCCACAAAUGAUGCUUGCCUCCUAGGAGAGCCCUGUUUACUUACUGAUGCAGGGUGUUCCUCUGACACUUAUGUUCAGGAGAACCACAUCUAUGAAGCCCCUUGCUGGACUGAGGACACCCACAUUCCCAUCAGCGUCUGCAAUACCACUGACUUUUUGAAUUCCAAAGAAAACAAAUACACAGAUAACUUGGAAUUAACUGAAGAGUUAACAACAGUUGGUGAAGUUCAGAAAGAUCCAAACGUUUUGACAGACACUGGGUGUAAAAAUGACAUUAACGUAUCACCAUCACAUCAAAAUGUGAGUAACUUAAGCUCCUGUGACCCUUUCCUAAAUAGAACUGACCCAGAAUUUGGUAAGAACCAUAGUUCUUUAGAUGAACUUGAAAAUUGUUCAUUAAAGAAAAUUCAGGAUAAAAAGAAAUAUAUGUCCUGUGAUAAGGAAGAAUCGAGGGCCUCUGAAGAACCAGGCUCAAUAACCAGCAGUGUGAUAGCAAGUGAAAUAAAUAAUAUUUCAGAAUUAGAAUCUUUUGAAGAAUUAGAAAAUCAAGACACUGAUACCUAUAACACAGAGUUAAGUGCUGAAAAGCCAACUCGAGAAGAGUCGGAGGCUAGGACACAUUCCAAGUCGAUAAACACGCCGUGUAGGGAUGUUAUAGAAGAGGAAAGAAGAAAUAUUCUGCUUUCUGAGACAAUUAGCAUGAGGCAGGUGACACCACCAUCAUUAGUUUUUUGCUCUGAUUCUAAUAAAAGUACUGAAGAGGAGAUCAAUGAAGGAGAAACUAACAUGAGAGUUAAAAUGAUGGUAAAAAUCAUGGAAAAUGGAAAUUGUAUGGAUUCCUCUUUUGAUUUUACAAAACGUUUCAAAGGUCCAGUGACUUCAGACUGGUCAGAUUAUAGAGCAGACAGUGAGAGUGAGCAGCCACACAGAGCACCCAGCAAUGACUGCAGUGAUGGUGAUGAGCUCACCCAGGAGAAGGAAUACCACAGAGGGUUUGUUAAAAGGACGGUAGAAAAGCUUUGCAGGAAGGCAGAGACUAUGAAACCAGCCUUUCUUCAUGGGCCUCCACACAGAUCUCGAGUUUGUCCUUGUAAUUUUAUGGACAGCCAGUGUGCUAGGAAAGAAAGGUUUUAUGAUUCUGAAGGGCAGUCAUUUGUCUCAUCUGAACAGAUGUCUAGGAGUUCACCUACGCUGCAGGAGUUUCAGGAGGAACAACAAGGUAAAUAUGAUGGUAAGAGUAUGAGGGACAGUUAUGGGGGCAGCACUGCAGAGCACAGAACUGAACAAAACGACCAUGACAAGGUCCUCGUGGACAAGGAGAAAGGAGAGCUGAUUGACACUGGUAAAUGGCUCCUGUGGGAAAACCACUUGCUGAGGGUGUCACCUGACAAUCCUGGUGUGUAUGUCAAUACAGACACGACCUCAGCGGACACCCUACCUGAUAACAGCAGCGUUGGGGCUCCAUGUUCGCAUUUUGGAAAUUUAGCCCCUGGCCCAACAAUGACUGAACUAUCCUCUUCAGAAAUGGAGGAAAUGACUGAACCACUUGAACGGAAAUGCAAUUAUUUUAACUUGCUUCAUGCUAGUGACUCUGAACCUUUUUGUGAAGAUGUUCUAGAUGUGAAGAAUAGAAUCUGCGGCAAAAUGAAAAUACCAAAUCAGCAUACAGAGGAGCGGGGUAACCAUCGGUCUGAAAGAGUGUGCACGUCUGUCACGCAAGCCUUUGCACCUGCUGGUAAUAAAGUCCACCCUGUUCCUGACAAUACUAUUAAAACUCAACCAUUACGUGGCAGUCAUGUGACUCAAGGUACACUUCAGGAAGGUGACUCUUUGGAUAAACUUUAUGCUCUUUGUGGUCAGCAUUGCCCAAUACUUACUGUUACUAUUCAACCUGUAAAUGAGGAACAGAGAGGAUUUGCUUAUUGUAAAGAUUCUGAUAUUGAAAAUUCUUUGGGUUUCCAUUUAUGGAGGAAAAUAUACCCAUUUUUGCUACAGUGCCAAAAAAGCAUGUCCAGGGAUGAGAAGAAUAAGGUGAGUGUGAACAAAGGACUUGCUGAUAACACCACUGGUGACCCAUUUGAUCAACUUGGUUUCAAGAACAUGUGCGACUUGAUGAACAAAAGAAUGAAACACAAAGGCAUUAACUUUUCAAAUUUAGAGGAAGAGAUCAAUUUAAAGAAAUUUCAGUCAUAUUUAAAGAAAAUUUUUUGUUUAGAUUUCCUGCAUACAUCCUUGUUAAUUGAGAGGGGUGUGAAUUCCAAUACACAAAAGCAUAUCAAUUGGACAAAUAUCUCUGAAACAGUUGAUGAAAAUAACAACUUAUUAACUAAUGGGUUCCAGAACUCAAGAAAAAAUCUUAACCAAGUGGUAAGGGAAAAUACUAAUGGUCAUUUCUUCUUUGAACUGCUUGGUCAAACUUGCCUGUUAGGUAUUUGCCAACCUGAGACAACCUUGAGAAGCAAGAAUGGAAAUAUGCUAGAAAUACAUUAUGUUUCUGGAGGUAAAAUUCUUUUCAUUUGGGAAGAGGAAAACCAAUUGAAUUUAAAAGAUUUUGAAGGCAGUAAUGAACAAAGAUGA